CCAAUUUAGACGUGCCACCACCUAUGAUUGCUUGAUGUUCCUGACCACCUGACUGACGUAUAACGUAGACGGUGCAGUAUAUGAAGGCGGAAGUCUUCUCCUGACGACAUUUGUUUUGGAAAAAAGGCUAGUGGAAGAAAAAUGGAGCCAAAGGCUGAGACUAGUCACAAGCUGGUGUUUGAGAAGGAGGGGGUGUACCUUCACACCAAUGCCAAGAGGAGCAACCAGGACACCACAAUCCCAGGAUUCAUCCGUAUAGUGGAACGGGGUGGGGAGCCAGCUUUGGAGUGGAGCGCACUAGAGGACGAGGGCCGCAAUGCGGCUGCUGUAUUCUACACUAAAAAGGAUGGAGAAGGAGGGGUGGAGGACACCAACUUUGACCCUGGCUACGAGCCAGACUGGGCAGUCAUCAGCACAGUGAAGAGAGACCGAAUCAGAGAGCACCCCCCCGUCAAAGAGACAAGCCAGUGGUCGUUCUCCCUGCCUCUAUCGGAGCUGUACUCUCUGCGACGGUCCCGUUUCUCCCUGGGCCGUAACUUCCUGGUUUUUACCAGCAGGGGUGGCCACCCCCUCCCUCCUCUGCACUUCCACAGGGGGGGUACCAGGGAGCUGUUGAGGGCCCUGCAGCGUUACAUCAUCCUGGCCCCAUCACCUGUAGAUGGUCGUCUCUUCCUAGCGUAUCCCCAUGACUCUGGGGCUCUCUCUCAGUCCUUUGAUGAGCUGCACCUCUUUGACGAUGGAAGCUCCGACCUCGUCUCUCGGUUUAUUCAGGACCCUUAUGCCACCACCUUUGGGGGAUUCUCCAAGGUCACCAAUUUCUUCAGAGGGGCUCUACGACCACCAGAUUCCCCCUUCCACCCCCGUGGCCCUCAGGACCACCAUGGGCCCCCCUCAGCUGACGACGAACCAGGCUUUGAGCUCAUCACCUGUGGGGUGGAGCUUGGCCCUAAACCAGACGUAACCAGGGGACAGCCUCUCGACAAAUGGGAGGAGUUCCUGGACCCAGAGGGGCGUGUGAAGGACCCACAGCAAAUCAAAGAGCUGGUCUUCAGGGGGGGUAUCACACCAUCCCUGAGGAAGGACGUGUGGAAGUUUCUGCUGGGUUUCUAUCCCUGGAAUAGUACUGUGAAAGAGAGGGAGGACAUUCUGAGGAUGAAAACAGAUGAGUAUUUCAGAAUGAAGGUUCAGUGGAAGUCAGUCAGUGAAGAGCAGGAGAUGAGGAACUCCCUCCUCAGAGGAUAUCGCAGCCUGAUAGAAAGGGACGUGAGUCGGACGGACAGACACAACACCUUCUUCUCUGGCAACGACAACCCAGGCCUGACUCUUCUCAAUGACGUGCUGAUGACAUACUGCAUGUUCAACUUUGAUCUGGGCUAUGUCCAGGGGAUGAGUGACCUCUUGGCUCCUCUCCUUUUUGUCACUCAGAACGAAGUGGAGUCCUUCUGGUGUCUGACAGGUUUUAUGGAGAUGGUGCACCAGAACUUUGAGGAGUCUCAGGAGGCCAUGAAGCAGCAGCUCCUUCAGCUCAGCCUGCUGAUGAAGGCUCUGGACCCUGAGCUCCUUGACUACCUGGACUCCCAGGACAGUGGCUCUCUGUGCUUCUGUUUCCGUUGGUUACUGAUCUGGUUUAAGAGAGAGUUCUCCUUCGAGGACAUCCUGUCCCUUUGGGAGGUUCUUUGGACUCGUCUGCCCUGUGAAAACUUCCAUCUGCUGAUGGCCGCUUCCAUUCUGGAAUCACAGAGGGGGGAGUUUAUCGGCUCUGACCACGACUUCAACACUAUUUUGAAGCACAUCAAUGAACUGACCAUGAAGCUGGAUCUGCAGACAGUCCUACGAGGAGCAGAAGCUAACUACCUACAGCUGGCCUGCUGCAAAGAGCUGCCGGUGAAGGUGCAGGAGGUCAUUGGUCUGUACGUUCCCCCCAGCCCUGAUGACGAGACGAGCCCAGAAUCAGAGUCACACGAGACACAGCAACUUCUCAGCCAAUCACAGGCAGCAGCUACGGAAACGAGCCAGUCAAGUAACAGCACUGCUGCUGCAGCAGCACGCCCUCGCCCUACCUACCCGUAACUCUGAAGGACAGGGUGAUUGACAUGAGGAGAGAAAGCCAUUAACCAAUGUGAGGUGUUUCAUAUAGGAAGAUAUACGCCCAAUGGCCAGGUUUUUAAACAUUUUUUAUUUUUUUAGGUACACCCAUCUAGUACUGGGUUGGACACCCUUUUGCCUCCAUAACAGCUUGAAUCAUUCGGGACAUGGACACGUUGCUCAAUUGAUAUCAAGGGACCUAACAUGUGCGAAGGAAAACAUUCCCCAUGCCAUUACUUUACCCGCCACCAGUCUGUACCGUUGACACCAGGCAGGAUGGGUCCAUGGACUCACGCUGCUUACACCAAAUCCUGACUGUCGUCAGCAUGAUGCAACAGGAAUCGUGAUUUGUCGGACCAGGCAAUGUUUUUCCACUCCUCAAUUGUCCAGUGUUGGCGAUUGCGUGCCCACUGGAGCCGCUUCUUCUUGUUUUUAACUGAUAGGAAUGGAACCCGGUGUGCUCGUCUGCUGCAAUAGCCCAUCCGUGACAAGGACCGACGAGUUCAGCGGUUCAAGAUGCCGUUCUGCACACCGCUGUUGUAUUGCGCCGUUAUUUGCCUGUUA